AGACGUAUUACACAAAUUACUUAAUAAUUAAAUAAUUAAAAAAAAAACGAUUUUCUGUUCUAAUACGACAAAAAAUUCACACAUGAUUUCCCAUCAUCGACAGAAACUAGUCAAACCGGUGAAACCUUAGAAAACGAGCAAACAUGAAUGGAGAAUAUCAAAUGCUCACAAUCAAUACAUCGGUGAAUCGUGGCUCAUCUAGUCCGGUGCCGCAGUUAGUGAAAAUGAGCGAAAAUAACAAUUAUACCGAGAUAACGGGUGACAAUUCGCCGGAAUUUCCAUCGCCAGAUAAUAAUUUGAAGCGUUUCGGACCGGCAGGCGGCGUAACAAAGGCCCGUAGUUACAGUAAGUGGUCGCCAACGGAACAGGGAGCAACGUUAGCAUGGCGUGACGUGUGUGUUUACGCGCAACAAGCGGAUCGUCGACAAAAAAUUAAACGACUUAUUAACAAUGUAUCGGGAGCUGUGACGCCCGGGUCGCUUGUAGCUCUCAUGGGGUCAAGUGGAGCCGGAAAAAGUACCUUGAUGUCAUCGUUAGCGUAUAGAAAUCCACCGGGCACGAUAGUCCAAGGUGAUAUUCUAGUGAAUGGCAAGCCAAUUGGUCCAUAUAUGUAUCGUCUUAGUGGUUUUGUGCAUCAAGAUGACUUAUUCAUUGGAACAUUAACGGUUAAGGAGCAUCUUACUUUUAUGGCACAUCUCAGAUGCGACAGUCGCAUGGGGAAAUUUGAACGACGACGUCUCAUCAGUGACUUGCUCGAACGAACGGGCUUAAAAAAAUGCGCCAACACACAAAUUGGCGAAGAUGGUGAGGGAAAAAUGUUGUCUGGCGGCGAAAAAAAACGUCUGGCAUUCGCCACUGAACUUCUCACACAACCCACAAUCCUCUUUUGUGACGAGCCAACAACGGGUCUUGAUUCGUACAGUGCACAACAAUUAGUCGCAACGUUACAGCAACUGGCACAUCGUGGCACCGCUAUAAUUUGCACGAUACAUCAGCCCUCGUCGCAGCUUUUUGCGAUGUUUGAUCAGGUAAUGUUCUUGUCAGAGGGUCGUGUGGCUUAUAUGGGUUCCCCCGAUAGUGCAAUUCGAUUUUUCUCGCAACAAGGAUACACGUGUCCUGCGAAUUACAAUCCGGCAGACUUUCUUAUUGGAGUAUUGGCACCUGCACCGGGCUGUGAAAAGGCUUCGUUACGAGCUGCCAAUAGGAUUUGCGAUUUGUUUGCGGUAAGUGAGGCGGCACAGCAGCGAGACAUGUUGAUAAAUCUGGAGCAGCACAUUGGCGAGGAAGGAAAUAUGCACACAAAGCAUGAAGCAGUGAAGUUUAGAAGACCUUAUUGGAUCAGCACGGUGUUUUGGCUUACAUACAGGGCAUUUUUGACAGUUGUGCGAGAUCCAACAGUGCAGUAUUUGAGAAUUAUCCAGAAAAUUGCAAUCGCCAUCAUGGCUGGUCUUUGUUUCACGGGCAGCGUCGAUAUGUCUCAAUUGGGCGUGCAAGCUGUUCAAGGUGCCUUAUUUAUUUUUAUUUCGGAAAAUACAUUUUCACCCAUGUACUCCGUAUUAUCGUUAUUUCCGCAAAUGUUUCCCUUGUUUCUGCGUGAAACGAAAUCUGGUCUUUACAACACCGCUCAAUACUAUAUCGCAACAAUAAUUGCCAUGUUACCUGGCUUAGUAUUUGAGCCAUUUAUAUUUGUUGUUAUUGCAUAUUGGUUGGCGCAAUUACGGAAUACAGCAUACGCAUUUUGCAUGACGGCCCUUGCCUCGGUGCUCGUAAUGAAUGUAUCCACAGCAUGUGGCUGCUUCUUUUCGGCCGCCUUCAACUCGGUACCGCAAGCAAUGGCAUACUUGGUCCCAUUUGAUUAUAUUUUAAUGAUAACAUCCGGUGUUUUUGUGCAAUUAAGCACACUUCCUAAUUAUUUGUCAUGGAUGCCGUACAUCUCCUGGAUAAUGUAUGCAAAUGAGGCAAUGACGAUUGUUCAGUGGGAAGGUGUAACUAACUUAACCUGCCCAAUUACUGAAGACAAUCUGCCCUGUCUGCAAAACGGAGACGAUGUCUUGGCGAAAUACAGUUUUUCCGAUGACAAUUUAGCACGAGAUAUUUGGGCUUUAGUCAUACUUUACGCGACAUUUCACACGUUGGGUUACAUAUUUUUGUGGCGCAAAACAAGACGAACGUAAAUUACAUUGCCUACUAAACAUCUACCUAUCUAGAAAUAAAACAAAAAAAUAGAAUGAAAAAGGAAAAAUUGCACGAAAGAAUAUGGAAUUACACUUUAUCUUUUAUUAUUAUUAUUUUCAUAACAACACAAUGCUGGCUGGCUGGCUGCUGCUGCUGUUUUACUGAUGCAGCACAAAAAAAAGUGGCACGCAAAAAAAUUGUAUGAAUGGAUUAACAUGUAAAUGAUUUAUGAUCUUAUUAUUUGUGUGCACUUACCAUACAUACACACACUCCGAGAGUCUACUGAUGAUGCUACUGUUGUAUUCAAAUGAAGCGUUUCACUACAAUUUUUCUGUUGUUCUUUGAAAUUCUUUUUUUUUGAGCUCUAUCAUAAUAUUAUUAUUCUUUAUAUUUCAUAGUCAUACAAUUUUCAUGUCUAUCUGGCGCUGGAGCAAUAGUAAGCAGAGCAGUAAAGUACACAAAAAUAAUGUAGUAAUGCAAAAAUUUAUGUUUGAAAAAUAGAAAACAAGUUUAAUGUGUUCAAGUGUGUGUAUGUGUUGUAUGGCUGUAAAAAAAAGUAAGAAGAAAAAACUCAAGUUUUCAAGUUUAUAUAAUUCAUGGCUUUUAAAAGUGUACUUAAAUUCAUAUUUUUGUAAUCUAAAAUAAUGCUUUCGAGAAAAAAAAGUAGGAAGGAAAAUUAAAAAUACUAUUUAACUUUAUGUCAUGUGUAGUUCAACUAAAAAUGAAUAAAGUGAGUAUGUAAAUAUUAUUUUUCUUAAUGUAAUUUUAAGUGCUGAAGAUUUUUUUU